AUGUCCAAAGAAACAACUCAAAAGAUCAAUCAAGUCAUUAACGACUUUGGUAGAUCUCCUCUCCACGACACACCACUUUCCAACACCCUGACUGCCAGCCCAGACAUAGUCCUAGCAAUGACAAUAGAUGCCCUAAUCAAAGCACGGCCAAUCUCACACGGAUUGGCACAACGAACCAUCAACAAGUUGAUUGAAGCCGGCUACCAUGAUAUCAAUAUCUUAUCAAACAGCUCAUGGGAAGAUCGAGUCUCUGUUCUUGCAGAAGGGGGAUACAACCGCUAUCGCGAACAAUGUGCGACGAACCUCGGGGAAUUGGCAAAACUUGUUCUGGAAAAAUAUGAUGGAGAUCUUAAUAACCUUCUCCAUCAAGCCUCUUUUAACAGAGAUGAAGCUGGAAUCCUGAUGAAGGAGAUCAAAGGAGUGGGUGAUCUCGCCGUGGAAGUUUUCUUCAAUAAUGUGCAAUCUGUUUGGCCAUGUAUUGCUCCUUUUGUUGAUUCGCGGAGUUUGAAAACGGCUGUUUAUGUUGGGAUUAGGGAGGACUUGGAUUAUAUUUAUAAGGUUUUGGAAGAGGAUCCGGUGCGGAUGAGUUGGUUUGCUAAUGGGCUUUCUGAGGUUAGAUUGGAGAAGAAGCAGGAUGUUAUCUAG